GCGAAGUAACGACCUGGUGGGCACGGCCGCGCGCGCGCCGAAGGAUUCGUGCCUGAUGAGUAAACGUGACACCGGCCCGUGAGUAAAACCGUGGUGGGGACACGGCCAGUUACUCGUCGGGCAUCACGUCUCUCCGCUUUUCUGUGGUGCACUCAGUUCGACUCGGUUACGAGCGUUAAUCGGACGUUUUUCUUUUUCACACUGCGUGAUCAGACAGCCGGCAGGCUACGAUAGGUAACGACAGCAAAAGGGACGCACGCCUAGCGCAACGACGAACUACACGCGGUUCAGCGAGAAUGAUCCUCAUACCGAUGAUGUCAGUACUACCCGUGCUGUUCCUCUUCAGCAGCGUGUCAGCGCAAUGCCUGACGGCAAACGAUAGCCCGAUGACGGGGAAUCCCGCAGCAAAGACCGCUCUGCCAGCCGCGGACUUUCACUUUGCCCUGGACACCCUGAAGAAGAUGGUGACAAUCGAGCCCAAAGACAACGUCUUCUACAGUCCCCAUAGUCUCCACCAAGCGUUGAGUUUGGUGUAUUUCGGCGCCCGUGGCAACACCGAGGAGUCAUUGAAGAAGGUUCUGCACCUGCAGAAUCUGUCUAAGGUCGACGUGCAGCGAUACUACGCGUUCGACAACUUGAACAGACUUGCCGCUCAGGAGAAUGGGUCAACCGAUUACGAGUAUGAGUCGCUGAAUCGAUUGUGGAUCUCAGACACGAGGAAAGUACGCGAAUGCAUGCUGGACUUCUUCAGCGAUAGUCUGGAGAAAACUGAUUUCCAUACUAACCCGGAGGGUGUACGCGAAAACAUUAACCAGUGGGUCAGCAACGUGACGAGGGGACACAUUCGGGACCUCCUCCCUGCAGGCAGCAUAUCGGUGGACACCGAUCUCGUUCUAGCGAAUGCUGUUUACUUCAAAGGACUUUGGCGAAGCCGCUUCGACCCUGCCAAUUCGAAAAAGGAUCUGUUCUACAGUUCUGGAUCGCAGAAUUCUGUGGUUACAUUUAUGCACCAGAAAGGAACUUUCAAUCACUUGAUCUCCGAGCUGCUCGGCGCGCACAUCCUCGAGCUGCCCUACAAGGGUGAGAAUAUCUCGAUGUUCGUCUUAUUACCGCCAUUCGCCACUGCCAGAUCGGCAAACAGCGACGAUCAUGACGGGGUGCGUCAAAUGAUCGAACACAUCUCCACCGAGGAGGGAGCUGCUGAACUCCAGGACAUCCUGCACUAUGGCGUGCCGCCUCGCGAUGUCGAGGUCUACCUGCCAAAAUUUACCAUGGAGAAGGAACUUCCAGUGCACACGUUGUUAAGCGCGUUGGGAGCUGGACAUCUGGUGACGCCAAAUAUGGCGGAUCUCCGAGGUUUCCUUGAAGAAGGCGAGAGACCUUUGCACUUAGGCGACGCCGUGCAUCGUGCGCGCAUUGAAGUCACCGAGGAAGGAACCACUGCUGCAGCAGCGACAGCCCUAUUCACGUUCCGCUCGGGCAGGCCGCUGCAACCCGCGGUCUUCAACGCGAACCACCCCUUCGUCUACUUGAUUUUCGACAAGCAAAGGAACUCGAUUCUGUUCAGCGGUAUCUACCGGUCACCCAACCUGCCAAAGAACACGGCGGAGACGUCCGCUUGAAGGACACCCGUCAAGUGAUCCCCCGUUGUUCCUUGUUCGUUUGUUUUUGCGUGGACCUAUUUAAACUUCGUCUCUUAGAAGUUGGCCAACUAAGGUACAGUUGGAAGAUGACUUGGUUAAAUUCAUAUUCAUACUUUAAGGUUAACACGUUGACUGCCACGGUGGUCAUCGGAGCUCCAAAAUUACAAGGAAAUAAUUAUAGCUUGUAAGAUAACUGAUGUCGAAUAGAAACGGUCAGUAGCGCGAAUAAGUGUAACGUAAGAAUCGUGAUAUCAAAUAAUUAAUAAUUCUUCUUUUUUGUCUUUGCUGUGGAAAGAGUAAAUGAUACGUAAAACGUUGGUGUUUUUCUUGGCAGUCCACGUGUUAAUAAGAUAUAAAAAUUCAUUACGGUAUGUACUUGUGAAACAUUCGAACUUUACAUGGUAGUCGGCCAACUUCUCAGAAGCUUAUCAUAAGUGACUAGUUUUAUACUGUUUUCUUUGCUUUGCAAUGCUGGGUUUACAUUAGUCCAGUCGCUGCGUUAAGCGAUUUCAUUUCGGUGGUUUGAUUGGAAAUAGAUGAAUGUCUGAAUUAUUUCAGUUUCUUUCGGAAAAUGCAACCACAUGUACUCUAUGUGGCUGAUGAGGUGUCUUCAGAUGUUUUGUUUAUAAUUUUGAUUGGUUACCGUGUGGUUAUACUGAUGAAUAUCAUAUUAAUAUCGAAAAUACAUGCGAGAACAUACAGAGAUGAGAAUUGAUUAAUUAGACUUGUAUUUUUUUUAACUAUCUCAUUUACCACGUUGAAUAUACUGUGCUGCUUCAGCCAGCAUUGGAUUCAGCUAAUUGUAUUAUUUAAACGUUUUCAGUAAUGACAGCAUUGAAAAAGUAGAUUUUUGAUCUAGUCACUGGACUGGAGUGCUACUGGACUAAUAUAAACUGAGCUUAAACGUUGAUAAGAGAUAUGUUAUAUCGACGAGUAAUUGCAUUUUUAUUAUCGAUGCGCGGUUUUAGACAUAAUUUUGUUUAUUGAUCGAAAAUCAGAUGCUAAAUUCGGAAUAUUUUGAAUAUUUCUGAGAGUAAUUCGGUAUGAUUGGUAUGUUGUGUGAAGCGGUUAAAUGAUAGUUCGUUCUUUUUGGGAAUUUGUGCUUGUGAAAGGUUUGACUGCUAUUUGCUUGCUGCGUUAUUGUUGAGAUUUCUGUUAGUUCGUGGUAUGCUGGUACUAUGCUAUCAGGUUUCCACUCGAAAAGCGAAUGAUUUGUGGGAGACGAGAAGGAAGUUCUUUGUUUACGUUUUGUUUACGAUCGUUUUUUUUCAAAAAGGCAAAAUGUAAAUUUGAAAUUUUUUAGACAUCGUAUGUCCUACGUUGUCUCGUAAAACAAUUUUUCGCUUUCUAUUUGUACCUACUAUGUUUUGUUUGUGUGAGUGUGUAUUAUUAAGAACUUCUGAAUUGACUAUAAUGAUGGAUUUUGUUUUGGCAAGGCAAGUAUGGAUGCAGUAUGGCGUCGUUUUCUGUCUUCAACACAUUUCCUCGUGUAUAAUUAAAUUUGAUUAAAGUGAUUCGUGAUUUUCAAAUGUACAUGUAUGCGAGCGAAACGAUCUUUCUUAAUGGAGAUUUAUUUAUUGAUCACGGAGAAACUACAUGAAUCUGUAUCGUGCAAAUUAAAGACAAAAAAUAAAAGUAACGAUGGAGGAUCGAA